AUGUGUAGGGCAUCGCGGUCUCUCAAGUCCCUGUCUGACAUCAGCAGUGACAUCAUCUGGCUUGGAACUCCACCAGGGUGGACCGCGACCCCAGAGUUCCAAGACCCACAGUCCGAAGGGGAUUUGGUACGAGAAAAGGAAAUAAUGGACGAAAACAUUAGGAAAGAACUUGAAGAAAUCAGAUUCGAAGUCUCAGAUAAAAGAGAAAUGAAAUCUAAAAAAUCUUCAGAAAAAAAUAACGUUUCUGAUAAUGAGGAUUCAGGUAUUGAUGUACAAGCGAAAAAGAACCAAAAUACAAACAAAGCUAAGACAGAUAAGGACAGUGAGAAAGCAGGUCAGAAACAUGAAAGGGACAAAGAAGACAAGAAAGCGGGACACAAAGAAGGCAAGAAAGUAGGACAUAAAGAUGAUAGGGACAAAGAAGGCAAGAAAGUAGAACAACAAGAUGAGAGGGACAAAGAAGGCAAGAAAGUAGGACAUAAAGAUGAUAGGGACAAAGAAGACAAAAAUACCGGACAGAUAGAUGAGGGAGACAAUAUAGAGAAGAAAGCGGGACAGUCAGGUGAGGGAGACAAAUUAGAGAAGAAAGCGGGACAUAAAAAUAAGAGGGACAAAGAAGACAAGAAAGCAGGAGAGAAACAUAAGAGGGAAAACGAUGACAUCAGUAAACCAGACGAUGCAACAAAGAGGAUUAAAGGAAAGGGAGUGGGGAAGAAAACUGUGCAGAAAGAAACAAGGGGCAGGAAACCGAAAGUUGCUCCGGUCAAAGAGAAGAAAACGUUACCGAAGCGUGCGGCGAAGGCAGCCCCUGCCCAGGAAGAGGUGGCCACCAACACGAGACUUCUCAGGAACUCCCGCGACCCUCCGCCGCCAAACCCGGACGUGUACGAGUUCGACGAACUAGAAGGCUCUCGGCCUCCCUCGGGCCUCCGCCGCCGCAACCAGCAGACCCCCGACCCCCCCGCGCAGAGCCCCGAAAGCAUACAAUACAUGGACAUAUGCCCUACAAGCUCUCAACUAGCCAAAAUUAAUACAAAAAAAAAAGAAGUUGGGAACGUACUUAGUGUCAGCUUGGUACCUGAGGACGAUAUAUAUAAGAAGCGGAAGAAUUUGAUAGAUAAUCUGACGAAUAGUCCAGCGCUGUUAAACAAGAUUUUCAACUCCUUACCGACAGAACUUCAGAACGAGCUUGGGAGCUUGGCCACGGAGGGGACUGGGCGGGAGGAGGCUUAUUUGGACGAAAAGGCGGGGACGGUCUUAGAGGCACCCACGUACUAUCCUACGGCUGAGGAGUUUGAGAAAUGCAACGGAUACCGGAUAUGCGGCCGCUGGAUCCGCCGAAUAUUCGGUAUCCGGAAGCCGGAUAUCCGGCUAAAAGUUUGGUCAAAAAUUAAUUAA